CCAUUGCCCACCAACCCACCGACACCGAAACCAUGGAAGUCGUAUCCGAGAGUCACCCGAGACCCCUGCCUGACGAGGCCUUGCCUGGGCCGUCUCCCGUCCUCUCGGAGCAGCUCCACAAUCAAGAAUCUCAGUGGCAAACGGUCGUUUCCCUUCAUCGGAAACGCGGUCUUCAAAAACAACAAUCCACUGGUGAGCAAGACCCAGUCGGGCAAACCCCGCCAUCGAAAGCCACACCGUUAGGGCUAGCUCUAACCCAGGCGCCAGCCGCCGCCGCGAAAGCCACGUCGCAAGCUACCUGCGAAGAGCGCGGAGCCGGAACACCUAUUUCUGAAGACGCGGCUGCAAGGAGCAGGCCUCGCCGACGCGCGCCUCCACUCCCGCGCACUGACAUGAAAAUCAUUAUACGCCCGACCCCGGGCCUCAUAGUUCGAAAACUACAGACCCACCAGGUGGCCAAGGCGAUCGUCCAAGCCACCGGAGGUGCGCCGACCUGCAAGGGGGAUGAUUUCAUCGUCCGCCUGCGACAUGGCUCGAACAUCAUCACCGUGAGCACCCCUCACGAGGCCACGGCAGCCACCCUCAUGAAAAUUAUAAGCCUCACCUUUAACGGACGAUCACACCCUGUGAAGGUGUAUCUAUCAGCACCCGAGGGCCUGCUUAAAGGUGUCGUACACGGCAUCGACGCAGGCACCGGCGAAGAAGAGCUUAUGGCGAAUCUUCGGGUCCGCACACAUGGAGUCCGCAUCGUGCGGGCCCGUAUGCUUGGACAAUCCCAGACAGCCCUACUCCACUUCGAGGGACCCCAGGUGCCUAGAUUUGUGUAUUACUACGGAGGGGAGAUGCCUUGCCGAGACUACCAGCCGACAAGGCAGUUAUGCUCCAUCUGUAGAAUCACCGGACACCGACCAGACGUCUGCCCGAACCCAACGGUUCGUGCGUGCAACGUUUGCAACCACAUUAACCCAUACGCCGGACACACUUGUGUUCCGAAGUGCGCCCUGUGCGGAGGGGCCCAUCUCACCGCCGCAACAGAGUGCAACAACAAGCUCAAGCGCAUUCCACCCAGAUGGAAGUCUACCUCCACCACCACACCCAAAACCCAACGACAGCUUCGCCCGGUCACUCAGUCGACCAAGGCGGCUGACCUUCGCCCGCGAUGGUUCAGCUCCGAGCGGGAAGACUCCGACUACUCGGAGUCUCCGAGCAUCUACGGAUCAGUCCGGUUCCAACCCAAGGUCCAGGUCCCGCUCCUGCUCUCGCCCCCGGUCUCACUUUCGGUCGCCCAGACGGCGAUCUCGGUCGACGCCCAAACAAGCACAGCAGGCAGCACCAGCCACCGCGGCACUCAAAGACAAGGGGCCCCAGCAACACCACCGAAAGACCAAGGAAGCCUCACUCAAGAGGACUACCACCAAAGAACACGAGGACCUUCCUCCUGGCACCUGGCACACCACCAUCCAUGGAAUCUCCACGGCCACAUGGACCCCCGACUUUCACAACAGUGGCUGGCAUCGGUUGGCAUUGGCUACAUCGGUGUGGGGCAAAGAAAGGCAACUACCUAGCACAUAAGGAGAAAGCGCACCCGGGGGUCUGUGAAGGUACCCCUCUUCCAGUACUUGGAGGCUGCUGUCCUAAAGUUGCGGCUACGAGCUGGAGGGUGACGUACUCGUGUGCCUGCGCCUACAUACUGGUGUCCACAGUGUGAUGUCGCUCGUGGUGACACGUAACUUCAAGAAUUAUUCAAGACAACAUCUCUUAUCAGUGCAAUCUGUUGCUUGAAUUGACGAACUGAAGUUUAGAGAAAUAAUAAAACACAGAAACAGAACGUCUGCAUGUUUUUUGUUUUACUUCACACCGAAACAAGAGAAAUGUACUUCAGCUUUGUCUGCUUGUUCCCAUGGUCGUGCGGUCACAUGUGCAGGUACCAAAACUAUGCCAUUUUCUACUGUGUGAUCAUGCUCAUGCGUGAUCAUGCUCUGCAAUUCGCUUGUUCUGCCUCAGUAUUCGUGUAGCAUUGAAUU